AUGCUGCCACACAAGGCGCACGUCUACGAGGAACGUGCGCCUGUGGAUGUGCAUCCUCUCAGUGUGUGUACAGAAGAUUCGCCGCAGAUCACAAGAGUCGAUUCGCCGCCAUCGCCUGUUCCACUCCCGGAACCACCGGCCUGUAUUAAGGCAGCCUUCGAAGACGUGGAGCAUGCCAUAUGGCAAGACAUUGCCGCUUCGCUCCCGAAUCACUCGAAAAUGGUACAUCAUUGGCUUGAUGCCCAAGAUAACACAGCGAGAGCUGUCUUGUACAUCAUGUCACGAGCUCUAGAGCGACUUGUGCUCGAACCGUCCGAUCGCGUGGAAGCAACGCUGCGUCAGGCUAUGGAUGAAGAGCUUCAUGACUCGCAGCAUGUCGUCUCGAAUGAGCCUUUUGAGAUUGAAAAGGAACCCUUUCGAGUGCUUGAAUGGAUUGUAGCUCUUGCGCAUGCAACGGCACCUCGUUCGCCGUCCACGGGAAGCGAGACAGGUACAGCGAGUCCCAAUGAAGAGGAGUCUCAUUGCUCGUCAGAAGAGCCUUCAGGACGUGACCGGCUGAUGGAGCUCAAGCCUAUGGUGCCACUCGAAUCGUGCCCACCUCCUUUAGCACCACGACAUGAAUCUGCCUCUGAUCUGGAUCGAAACAAUCCCAUAUUUGUCGAUCACUACGGCUUUUUGUACGGCGUGUCGGUUACAGAUUAUUGGCGGCAAGCACAAGAAACGCCGGAAAGUACCCAAGAUACACCGAGUCCGGAUCCUUCGCCUAGCCCGAGUGCUACAUCGCCGGUCAUGAAGUUGGGACUAGUGGAGUCUGUGCCGCAAACUCGUAUGACUAUGUCGAGUAGCUUGACAUUGCCGCAACCAACUCCUACGCUUGAAACCAGCGUCAUUUCUGCCAUGUCAGACAAACAUCACGGAAACGCUGUCUCUUCCACCGUACCUCGUCUUGUUCGACACGUACACGAUAUGUAUGAAGAACAAGAGAAAGAGCGCAAAGCAAAAUGGGACGAAUUUCUCGCACAUGUGCACGCGUCAUCUUCAUCAGCGAUGGACUCAGAGCCAGAAACCAUUUGGCACAAUAUGUUUGUGGCCCUGCGCUCGAGCCCAGACACCGCUCGCGGUCAAAGCGAUGCGCACCGAUUUCAGGCGUUGUGUGAAGGCGGCAUCCCCAUGACAUAUCGACCGGCCGUAUGGACAGAAUGUUCACAUGCUCUUUCCUGGGCAGAGCCGGGCAGGUAUGCAGAUCUGCACGCCCAAAGCAACAAAGAGUCGCGGCAAAUUGCUCUAGAUGUUCACCGCACCAUGCCGACCAAUCUAUUUUUUGGGGGACAUGGUCCGGGAGUGCCGAAAUUAAAACGCUUACUCACGGCAUACGCGCAUUUCAAUGUCGAUUAUGGCUACUGCCAAGGCAUGAAUAAUCUUGCGGCUGUUCUCCUGCUAGCCUUCACAAAUGAAGAAGACGCAUUUUGGGUUCUGGUCGGCACCAUACAUACGAUACUGCCGCCAGGAUACUACGCGCCUGAUAUGCUAGUGCCACAAGCAGAUCAGAAAAUUCUUACGCAACUUGUGCGUGCCGGUAUGCCCAAAUUAAGUACACACAUGGAGCAAUUGGGCGUUGAAUUACCAGCUGUUACGUUUUCAUGGUUCCUUUCCCUAUUUACCGCAUGCUUGCCUAUCCAAACCGUUUUUCGCGUGUGGGAUAUGCUGUUUUUAGAAGGCAACGUGAUUCUAUUCCGUGUGGCUUUCGCCAUUUUGUCGCUCAAGUCCAAGGCACUACUCGAUACCCCGACAGCCGCGUCGUUCUACCAGCAACUCCACAUGGCCACCGCAUAUUGGUACGAUGCUGACGAGCUUGUAUCGACAUGCCUCAGCAUGCGAGAAAAGAUUCGUGCAAGCGAUAUAUCAGCUCGGCGCGCCAAACUACUGAAACGGCUGCGUGACAGCUUUUCUCAAUCAGUCUCUACACCUCCAUAG